AUGUCCACAACCGAUCUUCUCCGAUUCUCUCUCAAACCCUUCUCUUCCACCAAGCUCACAAGCUUGACUCACUUCAAUGUCCACCGCAUCCUCCUACCACCACGGCGCCGUUUGCAUCGUGUAUAUUUGCCAGGAGUCCGUACUGUCAACCGCGUUUUCUCAAAAGCUAUCGAAUUUAAGGCGCCUGAACUCCAACUGCAAGACAAACCAGCUGAAGAAGAAUUGAUCUCCACAGUGCUUCUGGAUGUAUCCGGAAUGAUGUGCGGCGCGUGCGUCACGCGCGUCAAGUCCAUCAUUGCCUCCGAUGAGCGCGUUGACUCGGUCGUAGUGAACAUGUUGACCGAGACAGCGGCAAUCAAGCUGAAGGAGGGAGGUGAACAGAGUUAUCCAGAUGUAGCAGAUGAGCUGGCUAAGAAAGUGACAGCGAGUGGAUUCGACGCUCGGAGGAGGCCGUCGGGGAUUGGAGUGGAGGCAAAGGUGAAGAAGUGGAGGGAGACGGUGGAGAGAAAGGAGGCGCUGCUUGUGAAGAGUAGGAAUCGUGUGGCCUUUGCUUGGACUUUGGUUGCCCUCUGCUGUGGCUCUCACGCGUCACAUAUUCUACACUCCCUUGGCAUUCAUCUCGGUCACGGAUCAAUUUUGGAUGUACUACACAAUUCGUAUGUGAAAGGUGGUUUGGCUUUGGGCGCUCUACUGGGACCUGGACGAGACUUGCUUUUUGAUGGAUUAAGAGCAUUUAACAAGGGCUCACCAAAUAUGAACUCCCUUGUUGGCUUUGGAUCUAUUGCUGCCUUUGCCAUAAGUGCGGUGUCCCUCUUCAAUGUUGAACUUCAGUGGAAUGCAACAUUUUUUGAUGAACCGGUUAUGCUUCUUGGUUUUAUCCUAUUGGGGCGUGCACUAGAAGAAAGGGCGAGGAUCAGAGCAUCUAGUGACAUGAAUGAGCUAUUAUCACUUAUAUCCACGAAAUCAAGACUUGUGAUUACUCCAUCAGGCAGCGAUCAAUCAGUUGAGAGCGUUAUUUGUUCUGAUGCUAUGUGUCUUGAAGUUCCAACAGAUGAUAUUAGAGCUGGAGACUGUGUACUGGUUUUGCCUGGAGAAACAAUUCCUGUAGAUGGAAAAGUCCUUGCAGGUCGCAGUGUUGUGGACGAGUCAAUGCUUACUGGUGAAUCACUUCCUGUAUUCAAGGAAAAAGGCCGUUCUGUUUCAGCUGGGACAAUAAAUUGGAAAACUGGAGAGAAGGUAGACAGUGCUUCGCAGAAGAAUCGAAGGUUGAACAAAUUCUCGACAAUGGAAAGAGACUUCUUCGAUGACGCUCCUUGCUCUUCUAUCGCAGUUGAUUCUGUCAUACGCAUGGGCACUGCCGGCGUAAUUUGGGGUUCCUGUGUCGGUCCGUUUGAUGCUAACAAACUGGGUCUCACUGGUAUCGCUCGUGCAUCUUUCGUAGCUAAGUUGGUUGGUCAAUAUGGGCUUAAGUGGGGAUUUUUUGCCGCAAUUUUUUCUUUCACUCACUGUGGGAUUCAAAGAUAUCGCGGAAAAAAAGAUUGGGUUAAUACUUUCACUGCUGGCGUUGCUGCAGGGGCAGCUUUUGGUGCUGGAACCCGAAACUGGAAACAGGUUGCUGGUGUCACUGGAUUGAACAAAGAAGCAGAUAGGAAGCUUAUGUCGUGUGAAUCCAAAAUAUCAAGCCUUGUUUUUCUGGAUGAUCACGAAGUGGCCCAACUGCCUGCAAUUGAUUAUCAGUAUCAGGAGACUGAAUUAUAUAUUAUAUCAGCUGAAUUGUCCAUUCAUGGACAUGGACUGAGUCCGUGUCCUAUCAUGAAGGAUGAUUACAUGUAG